GCCAGGCCAGAGCCUCUGGCCAGGCCAUGCGUGUUUCGGUGUUCGUUCUUCGUUGACAUGUCUCGCUGUUCGUAAGCUUGAGAUUCCUUCAUGCUAAUCAUCAUUUGCACACUCGAAGAUAGUCAUCAUUCUUCCGGAAUUUUGUAAAUCAUAAAUUUCACCGUACGUUAUGAACAAGCUCGGAAAACACGUUUUUCAGCUUUUGCAAGGACUUCCGAAGUCAAGCUUAUGGAGCAGAAGAAUGAUCAUGAAAUACCACGAGCCCGAAUACCUUCAGUAUUUAAAACCACCGCUCCCGGUUUACGACGGCCUGGUCAACGUACAGCUGAAAGGCUACGAUUUCACCGUGCUGGAAAAUAACGCCAAGAAAGUCGCCAAAAUCGCCGCUCUUUUGGGAAUUCGAGUCUCAGAAUGCUGGGCUACCCCGCUGGAGUCCUUCGCAGCGUCGACUUACAAACCUCAGAGCACAACAGUGGAAGACACAUACAAACUGAAUGUUUAUGAACGCAAUGUACAGGUGUCGCUAUUGUCUGGUGUUGUGGCGCCCAUCUUCCUCGAAGCAGUGCAGUCUUCGCUCGCCGAAGGUGUCAGGCUGAGCGUGCACCCCCAUCUACCAGAGCACGAAGAGAUCCGUUACGUGCCCGACUUGGAGCUGGAAGAGCUGCAGAGGCAGUUAGACGAGAUUGUGAAUCCUCCUGCCUCCAAACACAUCAAGAAAGGCUUUUAGACUGAUGCACAGACCACACUGACACUGUGCAAGUGUAUUUGUUGCAUUACAUAAAAUGAAAUCGACCAUUUCAUUGUAAAA